GAGACCCUUCAAAACAUGUCCGCGGGGUCGAGCGAAUAGUACGGUGGGUGCAAUUUAAUUGCUUACGACGUACAACCAUAAAGUUCAGGCAUCAUGUCGAACCUCACGGGGGUCGACCCCACCGCCUCGUCCCCAGGCAGUUGGACCCCGUAUUCCACGGAGACCUUCGUGAUGAACUCCUCGGACGAUGAGACAGCGCCCUCUCUCGGUAAUAUGAUGGAAGUCAAUGAGGACACCGCGCCAAUGAUCGUUUACUCUGUUGUGGAUAAGAUGCUGAUCAUCGUUGUCAUGCCGAUAAUCUUCACCAUCGGCGUGCUGGGAAAUAGUGCAGUGAUUAUUGCAUUCUUCCGCUACUUAUACAUGAGGACGGUGACCAACCACUAUCUUAUCAAUCUUGCCGUUGCAGACCUGACAUUUUUGCUCUUCUCGGUGCCCCAGUUUUGGGUGCAGUACUUAACCACGCCAAUCAUAGGCGACUACACGUAUCUUCCUUUAGAGUUCUGCAAAAUCAAUAUCUUUUUAACUGACAGUGCUGUCAUUGCGUCUGCACUGAUAGUCAUCCUAGUGACGUUCGAGAGGUACAUUGCUACUUGCUGGCCGUUUCGUUUUCGACGUUUCAGCACCAAAAAACGGACGGUCAUUUUGUGCUCAUUGGUGUGGCUCUUCUCGCUUACCUACAAAGUCCCGUCGCUGGUGUUCUCCGUGAAAGUCAAGUACGCCCUCAUGUGGGACAUGCCGCCCACGAAUUCAUCGUCAGUGCGCCCUCAGUCGGUUGAAUAUUGCGAUUACUGCUACCCUCGUAACGCCCUGCAAUGUGUCCGCUUUCGAAAAUCCAUGACCUUUGACCAGUUAUUGUUACUCUCCGUCAUUCCAGUGACGUGUAUCUUAUACACGUUGACCAUGAUUCAACUCCACAAGUCGGCGCGUGCAACCUACGUCACGGUCUUGGAGGGAGUGACGUCAAACAUCGUCAAGAAGCAAGUUGUGCGCAUGCUCAUCGUUACCAUUGUGGUCUACAUCAUCUGCAUCACCCCGUUUAGAAUUCUGAACCUCUUCAACAUCUACGAGCACUCGCUGCCGCCUAAUCUGAUCUGGGUCAUGGUCAACAUAUCGCGGAUCAUGAUUUACACGAACUCGGCCGUUAAUCCCUUCAUUUACAACGUCAUGAGCGAAAGGUACAGGCGAGCUUUUAAGGACUUGUUCGUUAUGUGUUGGCCAUGCUGUCCGAAGGAUCGACGUAUGGCUAAUAAUAAUGGCUCGUUAGAAAUCGGAAUGAAGCUGUGUAGGCUUCCGUCUGACAGGAGAUAUGUGUAGUGUACUUGUGUCUCGUUAAUUUAACGUAAUUGUCCUUGGAAUGUCUUAAAGUAACAAUAUUAUUGUCUGUAGUCUUGAUAUUUUGGAACGCUCUCUAGAGUCGGUGGCUGAGUUAAGGCGGUGUGUUCUUGGCCUGAGUGGGUGCAGUGUUCGCACGCCCAACCGAUGAGAACACCACCUGUGAACAACGCUGAACAAGAUCACCACACCACCCUCCAGCGGGGGUCAGUCCAACUUCGUUCCCAGAGUUUGUCGAACAGUAAGAGGCUGACGGCUCUCUCACUGUAAACAUGGUUGGAAAUAAAGUAAACCAUGGGGACGAGAUUGGGAUCUUUGAGAACAACACACUGUACAAAAUGGCACUACAUUAUCAUCGUUCGGGUGGAAGAUACAUGAACAGUGAUGUACGUGUUCUUGAUCAUCCAACAACACACCGCCUGAACUCGAUCAUCGAUGCUCGUUUGAACAAUGUCGACAGAGGGCGCAAUUAUAGUAUCACGACGUACUUCAAUUUUCGAUUCAAUCAUAUUGAAGUAAAGAAGACUGUUCCCUGCUGCUUCUGUCCUCCGGGAAGAAUGAUGUGUCUGCAUAAAAUGUCGCCAUCUUGAUUGUUUGGUCUGCAUCGCUCAACGGAGACUGUGGUCUUCACAGCUUGCCCCGUAUAGGCGCAAUUGAAUUGCUGAAGCAAUUAGAAACCCUAAUUAUUAACCCUCGCCCGAAAAAGGGAGAAUCGUUAUAUUGUAGUCUGAUAACGUUUUAAACGUUACAUGAUUUUAAUGGCAGCUGGGACUUUUCUUUUUGGCGUUAUGCUUUAUAAAGGCUAAACACGAGUGCAAAGAUUUGCGGACUAACUCACUCUUAACAGCUCAAAUCAUUUCAACAGGCUCUUGGAGCGGGACUCGGUGGAUGGAAACGGCUUAUGGUUGGACUUUAAUUUAUUGAAAUCGUCUAUUAUGUAGUCUCAGGCAUACACGUUUAGUGACACUGUAUGUUUUAGCUCAUCGUCAAUAGACGAAUUGCACAUGACGUCAUUGGACACCAUCUUUGAUGUGAAACAAUGGAAAAUGUCAAUACGGUCAAUGCAAGGAAUACGAGGCAUUCACUGAACUGUUUGUUUAGAGAGUAUAGAUGAACCUGUUUUCUUCGGCAACGUGGUUGUUGGAUGCCAUUGUGGUUUGAAUGCAGCAUGCGCAACACACUAGUCUUGCACCCAAAAAUUGAUAAAAUGCUCCAAAAUGUGAUACAGUGACGAAUGAAUUUUCUUUUAAAGGAAAUGCGAUUCCUCAUGUUCAUAGAAAACGAGUUAGUACUUUAUAGUUUAAUUAGCUCGGUCUGUACACAGAAGAGUAAUUUGUAUUUAAAGGUCAUGGUGUUUUUGUCGGGAGAAGGGUUUGUCCUUAGUGUCACUGUGUGU